CAAGAGUUUUUGCGCACCGAUGAAAACAAAGUAGAACUGUUUAGUUUUCUAGCAAAUAGACUGCCAUGCAUCGAAACCGAAAAGCAAGUUCUCUGCACUAUUCAGUCUGAUUUUGUUUGCACUCAGUCAAAAAAUGUUUCGAAGCUUACCCCAAGUACACAGGAAGAAGCAGAUACCAGGAUCAUCUUGCACUUGGAGGACACUGUCACUGAAGGAUUUAACAAAAUAUCCAUUCGUACCGUUGACACCGAUGUAGUGGUUUUGGCAGUGGCAGCAGCACAGCGCAACGGCAACACUGAAAUCUGG